UCUUGGGCUCGCCGGGCCGUGCCUGCCUGCGAGGGAGCGAGCGGGCGGGGGAGGGAGCGCCCGCCUUGCGGAAGUGCCCUCACUCCCGCCGCGCCUCCCCGCCCAGCCCGGCCCGGCCCAGCCCAUCCUAUCCGCGCCGAGCCCCGCCGGAGCGCGCUCAGGGCUGCCUGCCGUCUCCAGCACCGCCGCUACCGAGGAGCAUGGCAGGGCGGCUUCCGGCCUGUGUGGUGGACUGCGGCACGGGGUAUACAAAGCUUGGAUAUGCUGGUAAUACUGAACCCCAGUUCAUUAUUCCUUCAUGUAUUGCUAUCAAAGAAUCAGCAAAAGUGGUCGAUCAAGCACAAAGGAGGGUUUUGAAAGGUGUUGAUGACUUAGACUUCUUUAUCGGGGAUGAAGCAAUAGAAAAACCAACUUAUGCAACCAAGUGGCCCAUCCGCCAUGGUAUAGUUGAAGACUGGGACUUGAUGGAGAGGUUUAUGGAACAAGUAAUCUUUAAGUAUCUAAGGGCAGAACCCGAGGACCAUUAUUUUCUUUUGACUGAGCCUCCAUUAAAUACUCCAGAAAAUAGAGAAUAUACUGCUGAAAUCAUGUUUGAGUCUUUCAAUGUUCCAGGGCUAUAUAUUGCUGUUCAGGCUGUCCUUGCCUUAGCUGCAUCUUGGACGUCAAGACAAGUAGGAGAACGAACGCUGACUGGCACAGUUAUAGACAGUGGCGAUGGUGUCACUCAUGUUAUCCCUGUGGCUGAAGGCUACGUGAUUGGCAGCUGUAUCAAACACAUUCCAAUUGCCGGCCGCGACAUAACGUACUUCAUUCAGCAGCUGCUGAGGGAGAGAGAAGUAGGAAUUCCUCCUGAGCAAUCCUUGGAAACAGCUAAAGCAGUGAAGGAACGCUUUAGUUACGUUUGCCCUGACUUAGUAAAAGAAUUUAACAAGUAUGACACAGAUGGUACAAAGUGGAUUAAACAGUAUACUGGAAUUAAUGCUAUCUCAAAGAAAGAAUUUACCAUUGAUGUUGGCUAUGAGAGAUUCCUGGGGCCAGAGAUUUUCUUCCAUCCUGAGUUUGCUAAUCCUGACUUCACACAACCAAUCUCAGAAGUAGUAGAUGAAGUUAUUCAGAAUUGUCCCAUUGAUGUUAGACGUCCUCUGUAUAAGAAUAUUGUCCUCUCUGGAGGCUCAACCAUGUUCAGGGACUUUGGUCGCCGUUUACAGCGAGACUUGAAAAGGACUGUUGAUGCCAGACUGAAACUUAGUGAAGAACUUAGUGGUGGCAGACUGAAGCCUAAGCCCAUUGAUGUACAAGUCAUUACACACCAUAUGCAGAGAUAUGCUGUUUGGUUUGGAGGAUCAAUGCUGGCUUCCACACCUGAAUUCUACCAAGUAUGCCAUACCAAAAAAGAUUAUGAAGAGAUUGGUCCUAGCAUCUGUCGUCACAACCCUGUGUUUGGAGUCAUGUCUUAAGGCUGACCUUGGAGGGGUCAGGGAUAGGGAGGUGGGGAGGAAGAGGAGGAGUCUUUCUGAUUACUUGUCUGUCUGAUGGCUGGUAUUAAGAUAACAAACAUGACUUGACAAUAAGAAAAAGACCAAACACAAUUAAGCAGGAUUAUUUUAAUAAGUGUCUCAACAUGCGGAUGUAGUGGAAAGCCAAAAUGAUCACGUUUUUUCUUUAGAUUGAUUCUUUGAACCUGUGCGUAACAAAACAAAGCAAGUGGAUUUUAGUUCUUUCUGUGCCCUGAUAUUUUGUAUAUUAAUGAAUUAUCCAAGAUUUGAUGGGAUUUGAUGGUGUGUAGAUAGUCAGCUCUUAUGCUUCCGUUGCACCCUUUCAUGGGCGCGACGCAGGAGCUUGUUUAUAUUUCAUACUUUUUUAUACUUUGAGGAAAAAUAUGACUUAAACUGUAAUAUUUGAGGAAAAAAGAAUUUACCAGUGACCAACUUUAAAUUAAAAAAAAAAACCAAACCAAAACAAAAAGUCAUGACCCAUGCAACUAGUUCUUGCAAAUCAUGACCAGUCUAAAUCCUGGGUUCCAUCCAAUGCGAGUGCUUUUGGAACUAAGAAGCUAGUAUCUUGGAUUAACCGAUGCCUGCUAGUGCUUUCUGAUUACUUGGUGCAUUUUCAUACUAUCUCUUGCUUUAAAAAGAAGAAAAAGAAUAAAAAAAAAUAAGAAAAAAAAAAAGUAAAGACAAGACUGUUGGACCAGUAUUGCAGUUCUGUAGUGUCAUUUCUAAUUAAACCAAAUAAUCAGGUUAUCAAAAUUGGUGUAUUUAAAGCCUAACACCAUUCCAAUAAAGGCACAAAAUUUCUUUUUA